GUAGCCAAGGGAACAUUGGAGCAGAAACACGAUUGUAGAGCAAUCCUAUUGGAGUUUUAAUAAUAAACAUGAAGCUAUCUCUAUUGUUUCCUCUUAGCUUCGUCGCUGUUUUGUCGAUGACUAACGCGAAUCCAGAAAGAUGCGGCGCAGGACCUUUGGGUUUAAAGUACUGUGGUCAGAAAUGGGAGGAUUAUUUCGACGGUAGCGAAGACUACGGCGAUGGCAGAAAAUGUGCAAAUUGUGGCGGUAACACUGGCGCUAGAGGUAGUAGCAAUGGAGCAGGUGGUGCUAACCGUGGUCGCAGCUACGCUGAAGGAGGUUAUGGUGGUAAUCAGAAUGUAGAUGGCGGCCAGGUGGGUGGUCAAGGUUACAAUGGUGGUGAAGGCAGUAGAGGGAUUACCUUCACUACCGGAUCUCUAAGUAGCACCUAUAAUGGAGGCCGCAAUGAUGAUAGCAGUGGCAUUUUCACUACUGGUGGUCAAGGUGGCAGCACUUACAGCGGAAGCCAUCCUUCUGGAGGCCAAGGCAGCAGCUACGAUGUAGGCAGUAGUAGUAGUUAUCCUACUAGUGGUCAAGGUGGCAGCUAUGAUGAUGCCAAUAAUGGUAUUAGUUUUACUGUCGGUAGCCAAGACAGCAGUUACGGUAGUACUGAUGCUGGUUACAAUAGUAAUUAUAACACUGGAAGUGACAAUAUUGGCUACGGUGAGGCUAGUGGAAACAACGGUGGUGGUUUCAAUAACGGGGGUAGGACUCACCAAAGCAGUAGCAGCAAUUGUCCUAACUGUGGAGGAUCAACUACCAAUGUUGGUAAUGGAAGGAGCAAUAUUAAUGAAGUUCGUGUGCAGUAAAUUGUCUCUAAGAAAAUGAGAAAUAAAAACUAUGUCCACCUUUGAAAACAUUGUAUUUAUAUUGUUAUUUAAAA